AUGGACGCUCACAAGCAGUUUCCGACGCUCGUGCAGCUGGAGCAGCGAGAAGGGACGCUAUUCGAGGUGCUCGAUAACCUCAGCAAACGGCCCCACUGGUUCCACUCCGAGUUCCUGAAGAGUCCGAAGGCAGUGCACCUGGAGGCCUGGCUGGUGGAAGCGAUCUUCCGCCCGGGCGGAGAGGACAUCCCGCACGUCGAGUGUGCGUCCCACACCUUGCUUCGCGUGAAUCAGUGGGACCCCGAAGGCGAGGCUGAGAUCUUGAUAUUCGGGCGGCCUUAUUACCAGAAGGACGUAUCUGAGAUGAUCAUGAACUUGGCAGACUAUCACCGCCGGCUCCGGGCCCAAAGUACGGGUCCGGGAAUUGGGAGGGCCACCUGGAGCAAGCCAUGGCUCCUUGGGAGGGAUCCUGAUGUUUCCUGGCUGCCCAGGCAGUGGGCUUCCCCUCCCAGUCGGCUCGGAAGAGGAUUUCCUCUUUGCAAGGUAUCUAGAAGGCCAAAUUGGGCCUGCGUUCUGGGAUUCUGGACCCAUACCCCCGCAGCCCGCACAGGUGACUGUCCAAAGGGUACGGGGACACAGGUGUGGCCUCCUUACGCUGUUCUUCUUCCAGGCUCAGAGAAGGCCCGUGGCCAGGAGGCGCCUGCUCCGGAGACCGAGACCCAGCAGUUUCCUAAUGCUGUCCGGGAGGUCGGGACACAGUGGUCUCCAGACGCGGUGCAGGAAGCGGAGACCCAGCCGUCUCCCCAAGCUGUCCCUGAGGCCGAGACUCUGCAAUAUCCGGUCGAGACCCGUGAGGCUGAGACCCAGCGGUCUCUGGUCGAGGUCCAGGAGGCCGGUACCCAUUGGUCUCCCGAGGCUGCUGGCGAGACGGGGACCCAUUGGUCUCCCGAGUCUGCCCAGGACCCGGUUACCAGGUUAUGA